AUGGCGACCGCUGCUUUUCGUUAUCUGAGCCCAAAAUCCGUCACGACCAUGUCGCGGAUGGGCAACACCAUCAUCUCCGUCCAUGAGGACGACCCCGACUCUCCGACGAUUCCUGCCACCGAAAACAUGUUGAUUGCUAACAUCCACACCAUGGACAGUAACCAGCGGGCUAAGAAUCAGUUCCGCCCUCGCGUGGGCAAAGGCGGCGCCACCAGCUACCAACUCCGACAGUAUGCUGAAGUCACCCUGGGAGGUGGCAGUUUGCGAAAGGUGGUGAAGCUGCCCGAAGGCGAGGACGAAAACGAGUGGUUGGCAGUGAACAUGGUCGAUUUCUACAACCAGAUCAACUUGCUCUAUGGAGCUAUUACCGAGUUUUGCUCCCCGCAGUCAUGCCCUGAAAUGAAGGCAACAGACGAAUUCGAAUAUCUCUGGCAAGACAACGAAAACUACAAGCGGCCGACAAAGAUGCCUGCCCCGGCGUAUAUUGAGCAGCUCAUGGCUUGGGUGCAGGCCAACAUUGACAAUGAAUCCGUUCUUCCAAGCAAGAUUGGCGUCCCGUUCCCAAAGUCAUUUCCCGCCUUGGUGCGCCAAAUCUUCAAGCGCAUGUACCGAGUAUACGCACACAUCUACUGCCACCACUACCCCGUGAUUCGAGAACUCGGCCUGGAGCCGCACUUGAACACUAGCUUCAAGCAAUAUGUGCUCUUCAUCGAUGAGCACAGCCUUGCUAGCGGUAGAGAUUACUGGGGUCCGCUGGGCGAUCUCGUUGACAGCAUGCUCAAGAGUGACUAA